UUCCAUACAGGACAUCCCUGAUCUGAAUAUUCUAGUAUCAAAGCUACCUACCCUGGCUGUCUCGGCAUCCCAGGGUUUUCAUGAUUUACAAGAGGAAACUAGUUUUGUAUGUCAGUGUUUGAAAAAGUUUCGAAAAAUCGAAUUUCAAAGCAUUAUCAAAGAUGAAACAUGAUGAGGAAAAAAUACGGGAGAUUGUUUGGGAUAACUGAUCAGCUACUUACCAUAGAGGCCAAUGACCUCCAGGACUGGAGGUCCUUAGAAGCUCUGCUUAACUUCUUACAAGGCCUUGUACAUAAAAUGAUCAAAUCUGAGGAAUCCAAGCCUUCUAAGUUCAGAGAAGCUCUUAAGGAAAAACAUCAGAAUAACGAACAACUAAAUUACAUGAAAAAUCAAAGUGGCAUCAAGGAAAUCAAAUAUAGGCCAGGCUCAGUGCAUGGCUUUGAGGAGGAGAAGUACCACAAGUGAACCAUAUGUUCCAAGCCUAUAACCAGCAGUGAUGAAGAAAGGCACAAUAGUAUUUUAUUCAGCUGAGAGCAUCUUUUUCAUAAGAAUUGAACUAAAUUCUUUGCAAAGAAGCAAUACUUGAAAAAUACGAAGAUUUUUUGCCCAGAAUGUAAGAUUGAAAUACCGAAUAAAACCCUUAACGGUCUCUUGGGAGAAGACUUCAUUGGGAAUCUAGAAACAGAGCAGCUUAAGGAAUAUCUGAUGGGGCAAGAAGACUUUGUCAACUGCAAAUGUGGAAAUAUGCUCCAGCUCUCCCCUGGAAUAGUGGAUUACAAUUACAAAGAUGACUCAGGUCAACUCUUAUCUAGAGAAGCUGCUCAAAAUAUGGCGAAAUAUAGAGUUAGAUGAAACGAAUGUAAUGAUAUAUUCUGAGCAAAUUGACGCACUUAUCCCUACCAUCUUGGCAAAACUUGUAAGGCCUUUGCAGAGUACCAAGGUGCAGAGAAAUGAAGAUUUUGUCUCACCAAACUCAAAACUGUCAGGAAGCAAGCUCCCAUAGCUUUUAAAGCAGUCUGUAGGAACUCUGAAUGUGAAGAAAAUAUGAGGAAGUCAUGCUCUAAAAUACACGACUGAGGCCACUAUUGUUGAGGGACCAAGAAUGAAGAUCGAUGACUCCCAUGCAUUGACCCAGAAUGAGUCCAGAAGAGCCUAGAACCCACAUUAGGAAUUACAGGGGAUGACUUCUGCAGUAUAUGCUAUAUGAGCGGGCUUUCCCAAGCCCCUAGCGUCCAGCUUGGAUGUAAACAUAUUUUUCACGAAGAAUGUCUGAUCAAAGUUCUAGAAAUGAAAUGGAGUGGACCCAGAAUCAAUUUCGAGUACAUAAAAUGACCGACUUGCAAAACUGAGAUUACUUGUAAUCAUCCUCAUAUUGGAAAGAGCUUGAAAGCUGCUAUAAGCCUAAGAGCAAAAAUAAAUAUGAAAGCUUGGAAGAGAGCCAAAUAUGAAGGAAUCAACAGGGAUGCCAGACUUCAAGCAUCUCCUUAUAAUGGAGAUUUACUCUCAUAUGCAAUGGCUCGACUUUCUUAUUAUAUGUGUUAUAAGUGUCACAACCCUUAUUUUGGAGGUCUCAAAAGCUGAGAGAAUAAUGAUGGGCGAGGUUUGGAUUAUUUCAAACCAGAAGAACUCGUAUGAGGUUCUUGAUCUUCAAAAUCUAUCAGAGAAGGUGUAAAAACAUGAAAGAAGCACGGAGCAGAAUACAUUGAGUUCAAGUGCAAGUUCUGCUGCUCGGUUGCUCAAUGGUUCUGCUGGGGAAGUACUCAUUUCUGUGAUGAAUGCCAUACUAAGCAAAUCAAAGGGGAAAACUUGACUAAAAAGAACUUGAAUGAACUCCCUCAGUGUAUUGGAGAAAGUUCUUGACCUCUUGGAAUAAAACAUCCUCCGAAUGGGACUCAAGAGUAUGCUCUUGGAUGCACUAUGUGCAAGACCUUGACUGAACAUUUUGAAGGUUUCUAACUUUCUGAUUUUUUCAACGGAUUGAUGGAAAAUA